UUGUUAAGUGUUCGUGAAUUUUGUGCUGUCGAUUUGGAGUUAUGUUAAAAAGAAAAUGAUUCUCAUGAACUUUCAACUAAAGUUUAAGAAAAUAUUGAAAUCCGCUCUUUUAAUCGAAUGUACAUUGGACAGAUUUACGUUAUAUCAGUGUGACGCCGAGCAAAACUUAAUUUUAUUUUCUACAGAUUCUCCUUUCAGUUUCAGUAAUUUGGGUAAGUGUAAUACUAAUAAUGUUCAUUCGAUUAAAGAAGGGUCAGACUCAAGCAACUUGUACUCGAAGUUGAACCACUUUACUUUAUUAAAGUUUGUAUGUUUAGUUACAAGUGAUUUGAAUUUUGUAUUCAAAUAAUGUACAUUUACUGAUUUAGCAUGGGUUGCAAAGACAGUAAACUUGAGAAAGAUGUAGACUUUGAAAAUAGUUUUCGUCAAAAUACCAUUAAACCUGUGUAUGAAGUAAUACCUUUUUCAAAAGAGAAAGUUAAAAAGGUGCCCGCAGACAAAAGACGGAAUCAACGUGCUGCUGGCGACACAAGCCGCCAAACAGCUAGCACUUGUAACAUCCACUCCAAUGAUCAUUCGCGGGUUGGUAAAGGAAGAAGAAAACGUCAGACCGGAAAAACCAACCAAGUUAAUCGAUCUUAUUCUAAAACAAUAUAUGAUCCCAGAAUAACAGCUAGAUAUAAUAUUAAAGCUGUAAUUGGGAAAGGUAGUUUUAGUCGAGUGAUUCGUGUUGAACAUAGAAUUACAAAACAACCUUAUGCAAUCAAACUUAUUGAAGCUCCAGAAGGGAAGGAGGUUUUUGAAGCAGAACUAUCAGUGUUAAGAAGAGUGAAUCAUCCCAAUGUCAUACGACUUGUAGAGGUGUUUGAGAGCAAUGAUAAAAUUUAUAUGGUAAUGGAGUUGGCAACGGGUGGCAAUCUUUUAGAUAGAAUUGAAGCUCAUGGAUAUUUUGUGGAGUCUGAUGCAAUUCAGGUGUUGAAGAUGAUGUUGUGUGGCGUAAGUUACCUUCAUAGUUUAGGUAUCACACACAGAGACUUAAAACCAGAUAAUCUACUGUACUAUCAUCCUGGCAAUGAUUCACGCAUCAUGAUUACUGAUUUUGGGUUUGCCAGUACAAGGAAACCUAAUGGAAAUGUUUUCAUGCACACUGUUUGUGGUACUCCACAAUACAUUGCUCCAGAAAUAGUUUCUCGUCAACCCUAUACAUGUGCUGUUGAUAUGUGGGCAGUUGGUGUUAUAACAUUCAUUCUUCUGUCUGGAACAUUUCCAUUUGAUGCCAAACAGGAUGCUGUGAUUUUGAAGUUGGUACUAAAAGGUUCAUACAGUCUGUCAUCUGAGGUCUGGGAAGAGGUUUCAGAUAAAGCCAAAGAUUUCGUUCGCGUUCUUCUCUUAUGUGACCCUCAGCAACGACUGACGGCUGUUCAAGCAUUGAAGCACCCGUGGAUCGCCGAAGAGCCGGGAAGUCCGUCCUUGGGCCGUAGAAAAUCCGCAACUCUGUCUGCACAGGGUCUUCGGUAUACCGCUAGUCAGAAAUCCGGGUCUGGGUGGUCAAGACGCUCUGGCAAGUCAGUUCAGUCCUUGCGUUCUGGACACCGUAGGGUAGAGGCUCAGCACCUAGAGGCGCUUCAAAUGGAUCCGGAAGUUGGAGGAAUGAUAAAGUAAUUGGUUGAGUGGAACACAUUGUAGUAAUAAUAAACAACAAUUCACAGAGAUUGGGUCACAUUUGAAGCUAAUGUCAGAAGUCAAUAGUAUCAUGUAUGAUACUUUUUCUCCUGCUUGCUGUCUCUUCUAGUGUUCAAUGUAUUUGUAAUCAGAAUAAACAUUUAUAAAUAGUUUUGAUAAUUUCAUCACAGACAUAAAGAGUUCAGAAAGAUAAUAUAAUGUUUAAUAUACUGAUUAAAAUGUUAAUAAAGCAUCUGCUGACAAAUGAAUGAUCAUUUUAACAUUAAUUUACCAGAAAGAGAGAAAUAUUUAUUGUUUUGUAAAAACAUUUAGAAAAGUAGAGAUCAUAAAAGUAAAUAACAUGAUGUAAUGUUUUACUAUGAUUUAAGAUUUGGUAACUACCCAGUUAUCUCCAACACCCAAAACUUAUAGAUGUAAUUAUUAUGAGACUAUUUGUCAGUCAUUAAAUAUUUUGUUUUAUAUGUUUGUACAUAAGAACUAUUAUUCAGAUACAAAAUAUGUGUUUUUGAAUGUAUAAUUUUAUUUAUAGGUUAAAAGAGAGAUAGCUAAGGUGUGGAUUAUUAUACAUGAACUUAUAUUUUUCAGUCUGUUGAUUUAUGACAACUUAAUCUUCCAAUAAUGAUUAAUUACUUUUUUUUAUUAUCUAAAGCAUAAUAAAUAGACAUUUUGUUUAAAAUAUAAAAUUCUUUGUCCAGCAAUUGUUUUUAUAGAUGAAUAUACGUUUUUCUCAUUAACUAACUAACUAUUAGUCAUAAAAUUCAGGGGUGUUGCCAGGAGGAGUUUCGACCACAAAUAAACAGUUGCUUAUGCUGCUAAAGGUUGUUGCAUCUUGCUUUUGGUUUCAGCUUUGUUAAAAGCCUCUGUUAUACACUAGAACAUCAUCAAUGAAUAUUUAUGUAGCAUCUGGUUGGAUUGUCAUCAUUGGCUAGUCUGUGGGGUAGAUAUUGAAGAGGACUGGCAAAAGUGUUGAUGGUGAUCCAGUCUGAUUUCUAGCUUCCAUACUUCAUGAUGCAUCUUCUGAUAGUUAUUGCAGUUAUGACCCACCCUACAUUUGUUACACUGAUGUCCAUUCUGAUCAUUUUGUUGGUAAGAGUUGACAGCUGGACUCUAUUGUAGGUAUCUUAUAGAUAAGCUACUGUCAUGGUGUUCUUACCAGUUUCAAUUUUUCUAUUGUAUCAGUUAUGAAUUCAACAGCAUUGAUCCAGGUUGCUCUUCCACUGUGACAACCACCAAAUAAUGAAGGCAGUAGUGAUUCAUUCUGAUAUGCAAGCCUUUUAGCUACAGUUUUCUCUGGGUUUCUUGCCAGUAAUCUUUUGUAGGACAAUGAUUUGAUGGUUGAGAUGAGAUUGGAUCUUCAUGGGUUUUGGUAAUGAUAUGUUAAAGGCAUAGUCUGUAUUUCAGUGAUGAUACCUGUUGCCCAGCUGCAUUGAUUCUUGAACACUAACUUAGCAAGUUGGCUUCUGUAAGAUUCUUACACCAUUAGGUCCUGGAGCUCCAUCUUUAGAUGUAUUUACAUCGCUUGUAUCUCAACCAAGCGAAUGAUGCCUUCCAUAUUCACACAUAGUUGUAGCUUGGAUAGAAACUACUGUAACUUGGUCCUCUCCAACAUGUCUCACUGGUUAAUGUAUCUGCACAGGAGGCCUUGGCAUGAUUUUUCAUGUAGAAUGGAGUGUUAUCAUUGUAGAUUACUGACAUGGCCAUGUUUUUGGCUCCUGUUCCAGCUAUAAGCUUGGAAAAGUACCAAAAUGAAGUGCUUGUGAGAUUGGUUCUGCAGUAUGGUUCAUUUCAUUUCAUGCUUUGAAGCUGAUCACAUGUACAGUGGACAGGCUCUAUUCCAUGCAUUUCUUGCCUCCUCUGCACACACUGUCAUGCCCUAUGUGCAUGAAUUCUGUACAGGCAAAUGCUUUUGUCAAAUCAUAUUCUUGCCCAGAUAAAUCAUUCGAUUCUACAUUUAUGCUUAGGCAACUGGAACUGAACCCUCACAAGAAAAUCCUGGCAACACCCAUGAACAUACUUUUUUGCAAAACAUUAAAUAAAUAAAGAUUGUCACAUAU